AUGAAUGGUGAAUAUACUUCUCAGUACCUUCAAAAUAAUGGAAAUAGUCCCUUCACAGGAGCUGUUUCACAGCAAAUGAAUCUUAAUUAUGAAACGCAACAGCACCACUCUACUCUCCCUUGGAUGGGUUCCGAUCAGCAACUGGCUCUCAAUCACUCUAUGAUUUCAGGAGCUACUGUCACACCACCAACGACUUUGAAUGCUUCUAACGUUGUCACAACUCCAUCCAAACCUCUUUAUCAUGCAUCAAGCUCUGAAACAAAUAAUAAUUUUGUACAAGCACCGGUUGUCGGUUCAAAUGUCAGGAAACCGAUUACCAUUAAGCAGGAAAGUAACGCAAUUACGAAUGCAGACACGCCUGUUACCACAAUUGGAGGAUUAAAUAACAAUAGGUCUCCGGAAUAUGUCGACUAUACCCAAAAAUGUGUGCAAGUAAUACUUGAGAUAAAUUACGAAUUGAUUCGUGUAUGUAUUGAUUAUCAAAGUAAUGGAUUGGUCAAUGAACCAGACCUUGUAUUGUACAAAGCUCGUCUUCAAGGCAAUUUAUCAUAUCUUGCAACCGUUGCAGACGAGUAUAAUGGAAACCCUCGUAAUGAAAUAAAGCCAAAGUUGAUCCCUGAUUUAUCUUCUUUACCAAUACCUCGUAGUAACUUUGGACAAAAGAUAAAUACCCUUUUUCAACGAGCUGUACAAAUUUUCGCUCAAAAUAAAAAAUAUCAUAGAGCAAAUCCUGCAAAUACUUCCACCAUUAACAACAAUGUUUCUAGUAUUAACAAUAUUUCAAGUACUUCAUCUAGUCAAAUGUUGGAUGCAAGUUCGCCAUCUUCACGUCAACUCAAACAGCAGCAACUAAUAUCACCACCUCAACAACCACAUACUCCGCAACAAACUCAACAACAACAACAAAAAUCAUCGCAACCUCAACAAACACAGACACAACUACUCCAACAACAAACAACACAACAGUUGCAUCAACAGCAACAACAGAAUCCUCAACAAUCUUCAAAUCGAUUCACAAAUUCAAUGAUACCAACUGUGACUAUCGCUACAGCAUAUCAACAACAACACACCAAUUCUCAACACCAGAACAUGGUUGCUACAAGUAGUAUGUCUGAUUAUUCAAUAAUUAAUGCAACAAAUUCAGAACAAUCAUAUCAGGUGUCGUUACCGCCUUUGGGAAACAUAUCAAUUGGAAAUACGGGUGUCGGGAACGGAGGUAAUGGAAAUGCACAAGGAUCAGGAAUAUUACCUUCUAUUGCAGGCACUGGUGCAGGAGGAAUAAGUGGUACUGGAUUUGGUCCAGCAAAUAAUUUUAGCAUGAUGCGAUAUCCAAGUUCCGGUGGAAAUGGAAUGGGAAAUUCAUUGGCUAGCACUGUAUUAGGUGGUGGGAAUAGUUUAUCCAAUAGUCUAGGAAAUAACAAUAUUGGAAUCAAUGCUAUUGGUAGUAAUAGUUAUGGAAGUAAUACCAUUGCAGGAAAUACAUUAGGUUUACCAAGUAUGAUGAAUCAUGAUAAUAGUAUGGGAUAA